GGCUUACAGAAUAUUUCAUCCAACAUGAUAAUUAUUUUUAUACAAAAAAGUUAAUUUUUAAGUUUUCUUUCCUGCCAUACGUGUCGCAACAUAUGAGAAUCCCUAUAAAUAAGGGGUACCCAAUUUGGAAACUUGAAAGAGUUUUAGUAAUAAACAAAAAAAUGGAAAGGAAAGUGGGCAUAAUAGGGGCAGGAAUUAGUGGUCUAUUAGCAUGCAAAUAUGCCCUUGCUAAGGGUUACCACCCCUUAGUUUUUGAGUCCCGAAGCACCAUUGGUGGUGUUUGGACCAAAACUGUGGAAACUACUAAACUUCAAACACCUAAACCACUCUAUGAAUUCAGUGAUUUCCCAUGGCCUUCUUCAGUGGAAACAGUUUUCCCUGACCAAAAUCAAGUGUUUGAUUAUCUUAAAUCUUACGCUAAUCACUUUGAUUUGCUUAAACACAUUAGAUUUAACACCAAAGUUGUGAGUAUUAAGUAUGAAGGUCCAUCUGAUGAAGAGAUCCAAUCAUGGGCCCUUUGGGGUGGGAAUGGUAACCCGUUUGGUAAUAUGGGCAAAUGGACUGUCACAACCCAAGAUCUACUCAGCCAAACUAUCGAGGUGAUGCAAGUAGAAUUUGUGGUGUUGUGUCUGGGGCGAUUCAGUGAUCUACCUAACAUGCCCGAGUUUCCUUCGGGUAAAGGCCCAGAGGUAUUCGAUGGGAAGGUCAUGCAUUCUAUGGAUUAUGCUGCUUUGGACUAUGAAACUGCUAGAAAUUUGGUUAAGGGAAAGCGAGUUACAGUUGUUGGCUUCCAAAAAUCUGCACUCGACAUUGCUAUGGAGACUUCCAUUGCCAACGGAGUGGAACGUCCAUGCACGGUAAUAUGUAGAACACCACAUUGGAAUGUACCCGAUUACUUCCCUUGGGGAUUUCCUCUUGCAUACUUGUAUUUGAAUCGCUUUUCCGAAUUCUUAGUUCAUAAGCCUGGUGAAGGCCUUCUGCUUAGUCUCCUUGCCUCGCUACUUUUACCUUUGAGAUGGGGAAUAAGUAAAUUUGUGGAAAGCGAUAUUAAGAAGAAGCAUAAUCUGAAGAAAUUCGGUAUGGUACCGGAACAUAGCUUCUUACAGGAGAUGAACUCUUGUUUGAUCUCAACCGUUCCACAAGGAUUUUAUGAAAAUGCUGAGAAAGGAAGCAUUGUUUUGAAAAGAUCUCCAACUUUUAGCUUCUGCAAACAGGGUGUUAUACUUGAUGAUAGUACCGUUGGAACAAAGGAACCUAUUAAGAGUGACGUUGUUAUUUUUGCUACUGGAUUUAAGGGUGAUCAGAAGCUCAAAGACAUAUUUGCAUCUCCCAAAUUUCAGGAUUAUAUUAUCGGCUCUUCUCAUAAAAGUGUUCCAUUAUACAGGGAAUGUAUCCAUCCACGUAUUCCACAAUUGGCAGUAAUUGGAUUUUCGGAGAGCAUUGCCAACUUGUACACUUCGGAAUUAAGAUGUCGCUGGUUAUUUGAAUUGGUUGAUGGCAAAUUUAAAUUGCCAAACAUUCAAAAAAUGGAGAAAGAUGUGUUGGAAUGGGAUCAAUUCAUGAAGAGGUCAUCUGGCAAGUAUUACAGAAGAUCUUGCAUUGGAGCACUGCAUAUUUGGUACAAUGAUCAACUGUGCAAAGACAUGGGCUUGACCCCAAACAGAAAGAAGGGAUAUUGGGCUGAAUUGUUUGAGCCUUAUGGCCCAAUGGACUAUGCUUAAGGUUAUUAAUUCCAUGUUCUCAUGGUUCGCUUGUGAGUUGUGACACAUCUAUUAUCUAUAAUCUACUCGUGUAACUUAAACAUUACCCUAACAAAACUUAUUUAUUUAUUUA